AUGGCUUUCCAAGUUGACCCAGUUUCACCUUUGGAAGGAGAAACCUUAAAACUGAAUUGUCGGUACAAAAGCAAUCGUAGGUGGAACAAGGACGUUAGCUUUUAUCGAAAUGGCAAGAAGAUCCAUUCAAUGCGGUUCACAGGACGUGGAUCAUCGUAUAGCAUUAAAGUAAACGGCACCGAAGACAGUGGACGGUACAGUUGUAAAAUUGGUGGGUCUGAAUCACGAAAUGUUAACGUUCUGGUACGAGAACGCUUCGCCAAGCCCGUGCUGAGGGUGGAACCGACGGCUGAAGUAUUCGAGGGCCUCCCGGUCACGCUGACGUGCACUGUCCGGGCGGCAAGGCCCUCCGUCCACCUUCACUACUCAUUUUACAGAGACAGCGCCGCCCUAGAGGCCGUGCCUGGUCAUGGCAGCAUGUACACGAUCAAUGCGGCGGCUGCAAACGUUGCCGGGAAUUACGCCUGUGAAGCGAUCAACACAGUUUACAGUCUGAGGAAGAGGAGCAACAGCAUUCACAUUUCUAUUAAACAGGCGUUCGCUGUGCCUGUGUUGAUCAUGCGUCCUGAGGGACAGCUGUUUGAUGGCCAACGGGUCAAACUGGUGUGCUGGGUUGAAGCGAAUCCCUCCCAAGCUUCCUUGCAGUACAGCUUUUACAGAAAUGGGAUCCUUCUCCAGGCUCCAUCUGACCACAGUGAUUACAUCUCUGAGUCAGCUCGUCCGACAGACUCGGGUACCUACCAUUGUGAAGUCACAAACGGGAAGGUGUGGAAACGCAGUAAUCAGCUUUAUUUAUCCAUCAAGCGCUCUAAGAAUUCUAUCCGCCUCAUGUUUGAACUACUUUCAAUGUUCUGGCUCUGA